AUGUACGACCGACAGACCGAGUCCUGGUGGCAAGAAGUGGGCGGCGAGGGCGUCAUUGGCCAGUAUGCCGGCACGAAGCUGGAGCAGCUCUACCUUUCCAUCGUGUCGUGGGCCGAUUUCAAGGCCGCCCAUCCCGACGGUCAGGUGCUGUCGCGCCCGGAAUCCGGACGGUCCUACGGCACGAACCCAUACGCCGGCUACGACCGUCCCGGCAGCCAACCGUUCCUGUUCCGGGGCGAUGAAGACCCCAGGCUGCCGGCCGUGGAGCGGGUGGUGGCAGUCGAGCGCGGCAACGACGCCUGGGCGGUAUCCUUCACCACCCUGGCCCAGCAACGCGUGGUCACCACGACGGUAGCCGGCGAGGAUAUCGUGGUCUUCUGGUCGCCGGGCACCGCCUCCGCCCUGGACUCGGGCACGAUAGCUCGGGGAAGGGACGUUGGCACCGCCGGGAUAUUUUCACCGCGAGGUCCCGACGGCAACUUGCUGACCUUCGCGCCCGACCCCGACGGCCGCAUCGUGGACGCCCAGACCGCCAGCCAGUGGAACAUAUUCGGGCGUGCCAUCGCCGGACCGCUGACGGGCACUCAACUGGAACCGGUGCCCGGUCGCAUCGGCCAACUCUGGUUCUCAUGGGCGGUGUACCGCCCCGAUACCGUCGUCUAUCCGGCGACCGGCUGA